AUGUUAUAUAUUCUUAGACGAGGCGCGGUAGCUCUUGCUAAGAGGCCAGCCGGGAUAGUCGGAGCGCUUGUGCUGGGAAGCCUGGGUGCCGGCGGAGCCGCUGUAGCGGCGACAGACGGCGGUUUGAAGACGGACAGCCGGCAUGUUAAGCGGCUGAUGGUUAGCGCCGAUGGGAUCGCCAGAUCGUCCAGAGCCGUGGGAACGUUCGCUAUAAACAGCAUCGACUACAAGGUGUCGGCAUUGGCCAAUUCAUUGGAUAAGCUCAAGACAGAAGCGCCAGCAGAAUAUGCACGGAUCCGGUCAGAGAUCCAUCAGCGAUCAGCGGACAGGAUUCUGCGGCUGUGUGAGGCGAAUCGUGGCAUCUACAUCAAAGCAGGGCAGUUCAUUGCCACUCUGCAGCAGCUGCCUCGGGAAUACCGCACGACCCUUACCGUGCUGCAGGAUCAGGCUCGAGCCCGUCCUUUCAAUGUGAUUGACCGCGUGUUCAAGGAGGAAUUCGGCAAGAGUGCCAAGGAGAUCUUCGUGCAUUUCGAGGAGGAGGCGAUAGCAGCGGCGUCGCUGGCGCAGGUGCAUCGAGCAACACUGCCGUCAGGGCAGCAAGUAGCCGUGAAGGUGCAGUACCCCCGCCUGGAGGAGCAGGUAGCAACGGACAUCUACACCAUGGGCUUCCUUUCCCGGGCAGUCAAGUGGAUAUUCCCAAACUAUCUGUUCAGCUGGAUCGUGCCUCAGUUUCAGGAGAACCUUCAGCAACAACUGGACUUUGAGCAGGAGGGGCGCAAUGCAGAGCUGACAGCAGAGAACUUUGCGCACAAGGAGGAGGUGAAAGUGCCCAAGAUCCUGUGGGACUUCACCACCAAGAGAGUCCUCACAAUGGAGUUCAUGAACGGCUGCAAGAUUGACGACUUGGAGGGGAUCAAGAAGCAGGGCCUCAACCCUCUAGAGGUGGCAGCACUUCUGGUAGAAGUGUUUGCAGAAAUGGUCUUCUGCCACGGCCACUUGCAUGGGGACCCCCAUCCAGGGAAUGUGCUCAUCCAGGCACACGCCCCCGGCACCACCAAGCCUGGGCAUCGGAAGUUUGACCUUGUCCUGCUGGAUCACGGCUUAUACAGGGAGAUGGACGAUGGCUUCAGGAAAGAUUUCUGCCAGCUCUGGCGCUCUCUCAUUCUCUCAGACAUGGGGGGAGUGGAACGAUGGGGGGAGCGGCUGGGCGUGGGGGAAUACUCACGCUUUCUCCCUGCGCUCUUCACUGCCAGACCCUUCCAGAGUAAAACGCGGUGGGGGCAGCGCAUGUCGCCUGAGGAGGAGAAGAGCGUGAUGAGGGAGAUCAAGGCCAUCAGCCCUCAGGACCUGACAGCCGUGGUGGAGGGGUUGCCUAAAGACAUGUUCCUGGUCAUGCGCACCGACAACCUCAUUCGGCAGCACAUCACAGCGCUGGGGGCGGCACCGAAGCUGAGGCUGCAGAUCAACGGGCGGUUUGCCGUUGCAGGGCUGGCAGUGCGGCACUCCGAGGAAGGGAUAUCCACGGCUCGAGCUACGGACGAAGCUUCGCGGGGCGUGCAGCUCGAUCAGAAUCUAUUCGAACUCUUACAGCAAUCGGAUUCUUUCUUCGCGUCGCGGUCUUUCCUCGUAACGGUUGCUUCGCUGACAGCAGCGGCGGCGCUUGUCGUCUUGCACGCUGACGGCGCCGCAGCCGCCGGUAACGCCACCGCCGCCGCCGCAGCCGCCAUUGCUGGUGGCGACGCGGUUGCCGCCGCCGCCACGUGGACCAAUCCCCUUCAGCAGGUCGUGGCGGCUGUCGAGCAAGGCGGCGACGCGGCCGGGCCGCUAGGCGGCGCCGUCUAUUUCGCCGCCGCGUACGCUAUCGCCGCCGUCCUCCUAGUCCCCGCUUCCAUCCUAACCCUCGCGGCGGGCUACCUCUUUGGAGCCGCGCGCGGCACGGCGAUCACUUUAAUCGCCGCGACGCUCGGCGCGUCGGUGGCGUUCCUCGUCGCGCGGUACGCGGCGCGGCCGUUCGUGGCGCGACAGCUCGCGGGGCGGCUCGGGGAAGGGCGAUUCGAGGCGCUGGAUCGUGCAAUCUCUGUGGGCGGUUGGCGCAUCGUGCUGCUAUGCCGACUAUCGCCCAUCUUCCCAUUCUCGAUCUCAAACUACGUAUUCGGAAUUACAGGCAUAGGGUUCUUUGAGUACGUGGCCUCUUCCUCCCUCGGCAUGCUCCCUGCUACUUUCGCUUAUGUCUACCUGGGAGGAGCAGGCCGAGUGGCACUCGAUGCGGUUACCGACGCAACUGUAACCACCACUGCCGCUGCUGGUGCUGAGGCUGGGUUGGAUCCGGUGCAGGUGGGUUUGUAUGUGGUGGGGGCGGUGGCAACGCUGCUGGUGACAAGAGAGGUUGGAUCCGGUGCAGGUGGGUUUGUAUGUGGUGGGGGCGGUGGCAACGCUGCUGGUAACCAGAGAGGUGUUGCCCCGUUCAACUAA